CUCGUCUUUGCUGUUUUCGCAGACCGCAACCCCACAACGCAGUCCGGAGCAGCAGAUCACCAUGGCGCCAGAACUCUCUACCAAGUCUGCCCAGGACCCUAAAGAAGGCCUCGAUGUCAUCUCGAAUCGCAUCGCAAUGGCGCUUGCAAAGCACGACAGCCUUGUCAAGUCAUGGACCGCCCUGUCCGCCCGCCCCAAAGAGCCAGAGAAGACCCAGGAAGAGCUCGACGCUGAAGAAGCCGCUCUAUUCCGCAGCGAACCUCCAUAUCUAGGAGUUGGCGCGCCGAUUCCAUCUCAUUUCCUGAUCAGCGAUGCCGAGCGAAAUAAUAAAUCGCUUCGCGCCAAGUUCUUUCCAACAAAAGGCUUGAAAGCAAGCAAGUCAAGAGAUGAGGAGGAGAAAGCUACGAGCGCAAAGCGGCGACUGAUGGAAGAGAGUAGUGAUGAAGAGGAAGGGCGGUCUUCACUUGGCAAAGCAAAGAAGCGGAAGAUGGCGACCGAAGCACCUGCGAAGCAAGCCGAAGACGAAGACGAGUCCAGCGCCAAAGAUGAGGAUGCCGAGGGCUCACAGGCUGAUCAGAAGACGUCAGAUGAUCUGCCAACCGGGUCAAAACAUCAGUCACCGUCAACCAAAAAAGAUCACUCUCGCAGCCGGUCGAAGAAACGAGAUAAGAAGCGAAAUAAAGCAAAACACUGAAGAAGUAUCAGGGGAAGAACCAGAAGAGAUAACAGAACAAGGAGAAGACCUAAAGUACUAUGGUUGCUAAGUUGGCUGAAUAUAGCCCUGAAUGGCUGGACUAAGUGGAUUGCUUCUGGCGCAAAUAAUAACUAAGCAUGGGUUCCCACGAGAAAUAGGAUACCUGAUGUAGCAGAGUGGUUUAUGUCUUGCCAAUACUCACACUCGAACUUUAUGGAUCACUUGAGUGCCGUGAGUAUCAAGCGAACCUUAGGUCUCUUUAAAAUUGGCAAGCUUUGUUAAGUAUCAUGCACAUAAGCCAAUUAAGGCAUAUACUUCUACAAUAAUGCCAUCUUCAAAAUAUAUUACGAGG